CGUCAUUUUCUGUUCGCGGUAACCUUGCAGUAAUUUAGUUGAGAGAAACUUAUGGUACAAAGUACUUGAAAUUAAUAGUAGAGUACCUUUGGGAAGUACCUAUCGCAAUUCGCACUGGAUUUAAAUAAGUGGCUUCUACUCUACGUCGACUGUAACCGAGACUGUAACUAUACGACCAUUCUGUAUACGCCGCAAUCCGAUGAGUACGCCGAUAUGACGUUAUUAUUAAAAGGAACUCGGGGUCAUUCUUUUGAAGAUGAUAACUUCUACAAUUAUCGGCAUAUUUCCCCCUUCCCAAACUUUAAACGCAAAACAAGAUCUCAAGUUCGUUUUUCGAUUUAAUAAUAGUGCUCCAAGAAGAAAGGCGAAGAAAUGGUGUUUAGUUUUUUUUUCGUUUUGAAAUUUUUAGUGUUAUUGCAUUACGGAAUUUGUCAGCUGGAUGUAGGUGAUCCGUGCUUUGUGCAAUCUACAAGUAAUAAUGGCGUAUGUGAUUUGUUGUCCCUUUGUAUGCGGGCCAGAGAAGACUUGAAAAAGAACAUUUUUCCGCAAAUAUGUGGAUUUCAAGGGACCGAGCCAAUAGUAUGCUGUGUUGGAUCCGGUCCGGGACCGACGACGCCCAGAACUACCACUUCAACUACAAGAACAACAACCAGAACGACGACUCGUACCACAACAAGACCUACAUACACCGGCUAUGGAGCGAAGAGUAGGCAAAAAUGUGUCGAGUAUCAGCAAUAUGUUUAUGAAGAAGAGUUUUCAGGGGUAUUUGUGGGUAAUACACAAACACGUGUAGACAAAUGUGCAUUGGUAUUUAUCGAGAACAUUGUUGGUGGCACCGAAACCAAGCCUAGAGAAUUUCCACAUAUGGCCCUGAUAGGAUUUAAUGACGCGGACACCAAUCAACCAUUUUGGCAAUGCGGUGGUAGUCUAAUUAGUGACGAGUAUAUAUUGACAGCCGCUCAUUGUCUUUACGACCAAGUAUUAGGUGAACCUAGAUACGUGCGAAUUGGUGAACUGCAAUUAGAUACGAACCGAGACGAUGCGCAGAUACAAGAUUUUACCAUAUCUCAACUGAUUAGACAUCCCGACUAUAAACCUCCAUCCCAAUACAACGAUAUAGCAUUGCUCAAACUAAAUCGGAAAGUACGCCUCAAUUCGUAUGCAAGACCGGCAUGUCUUCAUACAAACAUGAAUAUACCAGUUUUGAAAGCAGUUGCGUCCGGUUGGGGCAAAGUGGGAUUUUCUUCAGACGUUAGCAAGCAUUUACUUAAAGUAACCUUGGAGUUUUUUACAAAUCCUGAGUGCAAUAGUACAUAUCGCAAUAACAUUGGAAUGAGACUAAGGAAUGGAAUUGUGGAGACUACACAAGUAUGUGCCGGUCAUCAUACAGAAGCCAAAGAUACUUGUCAGGGCGAUUCUGGUGGACCUCUGCAAAUUGUUAAUCCAGAUCCAAACAUUUACUGUAUGUACUCCAUAGUGGGAGUUACGUCAUUUGGAAAAGCGUGUGGGGUUGCCAAUCUUCCCGGUGUUUAUACAAGAGUAUCCAACUAUGUCGACUGGAUAGAAAAAAUUGUAUGGCCAUAAAGUGGAAACAAAACUGUGUAGAAAAUUGCUGGACUUUAUGUACCACAAAACGGAACAUUUAGCAUUUACGAAAAUUAUAUGAACGGCAGCCACAUUUUCUAGUUAUUAAUAAAACUGAAAUACUUGUCAAUGAUAAUAAUAAUUAAUAGGAUCUCUCUAAUGUAUAGACAGCUAAUAUUUAAGAAACUAUUUAAGAUAACUCAUUAUAGUGUUAUAACAGA